AUGGUAACGACCCAAGCGAGAAACAGGACAACGAGAACAAAUACAGGAACAUCACGAAGAAAACAACGAUGGAGGAGGAAUGUAAUAAGAGCAGCCACUUGGAAUAUAAUGUCUUGGAACACAAAAAACGCCGAAAUUCUACUUGAGAUGGAACAGCAUAAAAUAGACAUUUGUGCUUUGUCUGAGACCAAACGCAAAGGUAAAGGCAGCAUCAGAGUUCCUGGAUACAUCUUCGUGUACAGCGGCGUCUCACAAAGAUCACGAGCAACUGCUGGAGUAGGAAUAUUGAUAUCUGAAAAACUCGAGCAGUCUAUAGAGGAUAUACACGACAUCAGCGAAAGAUUCCUUAAAGUAACUCUGAAUACCGAAACUGGUAAACUGCACCUCUUCAGCGUGUACGCACCGGAUAUUAGUAAGCCCAGAGAAGAAACAGCCCAAUUCUAUGAAAUCCUGGAAGAGGAAGUAUCCAGGAUACCACAAAAUGAGCGUAUGUUGAUGAUGGGGGACCUGAACGCUAGAAUUGGAAACAGUAUUAUAUAG